AUGAAGCAAGACGAGGUUGAAGGAGAUGAUUAUGAUGCUGGCAAGAUCAAUUCUGAAAAAGAAAACAGAGAAAAAUUGGCAAAGAGUCAGGUGGUGGAAUUGGUUAAGACGGGAGAUCUUUUCCUCAACAAAACAGUUUUGAAAGCGAGGUUUGAGUUAUGUGCAAUGAAGCAUAACUUUCACUACACAGUGACCAACUCCAAUAAAUCAGUUUGGUGUAUUAGAUGCGCUGAUAAAGUGUGCUUUUGGGGUGCUCGAGCUGAGUGUUUGAAGGGCUCCACAUAUUUUAUUAUUAAGAAGUAUGUCGGUGUACAUUCCUGCGCACCUUCAAACAAAACCAGUGCCGGAAAGACAGCUUCAGCGAAAACGAUAGGCAGUCUGCUAAUGCAUAAAUAUGAAGGUAUCAAGGAAGGGCCUAAAGCGAAAGAUAUUCAUGGGAUUCCCGUGAAUAUGCAGUCAACGCUGUUAGAGGUAUUGGAAAGUUAUGGGAAAAUACCAAAAUACUUACACAUGCUGCGAGAGGCCAAUCCGGGUACACAUUCCUCUUACAAGACUGACGUCGAUGGUAGAUUUCGAUAUCUGUUUAUAGCGUUUGGUCAAUCGAUCAGAGGCUUUAACACAGUCAUGAGGCGUGUCAUUGUUGUCGAUGGAACAUUCUUGAAGAGUAAAUUCAAAGGGGUGCUACUGGUUGCAACUGCUAUAGAUGGAAAUUCAAAUUUAUAUCCUAUUGCAUUUGGGAUAGUAGACUCUGAGAAUGAACAGUCUUGGGAAUGGUUUAUGAGACAAUUAAAAGUUGUUGUUGCUGAUGAUAAUGGUUUGGCUUUUAUUUCGGAUAGACAAGUGUCAAUAGCGAAGGCACUGGAGAAAGUGUAUCCGCUAGCGAGACAUGGUAUUUGUAUUCAUCAUUUGUUGAAUAAUGUGAUAUCAUAUUUCAAGGGGAAGGGAUUAGCUAGGUUGAUUUCUAAGGCUUCAAAGACUUAUAGAGUGGUUGAUUUCAAGAAGACGUUUUCUCAUGUUUGCAAUAUCAGUCCAGCAAUUGGAAAUUAUCUUAUAGAAGCAGAUGUCAAAAAGUGGGCUAGAUGUCAAUUUCAUGGAUACAGGUAUGACAUUAGGACAAACAAUCCUGCAGAGUCGAUAAAUUUUGCGUUGCAUUCGCUGAGAGAGUUUCCCGUAAUUCCUUUGUUGGACAGUAUUAGAGAAAUGCUGACACGCUGGUUUUUUAAGCGUAAGAAGUUGAUUUCAAAGCACACCCACCGUUUGACCAUAGAUGUGGAGGAAAAGAUUGAUAAGAGAAUUGGAAAGGGGAAAACUUUCAGAGUUUACCAUGUAACCGAUAGCCAGCUGCUUGUUAAAGGCGAUAAAAUUGACUGCUUUGUUGAUUUGGACAAACGGACUUGUUCUUGUGGGAAGUACGACCUCUUGAAAAUCCCUUGUAGACACGCAAUAAAAGCUGGUUUCUUUGUUGGUAGAGAACUAUAUACAUUGACUGAUUUUUUGUAUACCACGGGAGCUUGGAGAGAAGCUUAUCAAGAAAGCAUAAAUCCCUUUUCAGUUCCUGAAGAUGGUUGGUCUGUCCCACAAGUUGUGGAAAAUUCUGAAGUGCUACCGCCUGAGACAAGAAGAUCUCUUGGAAGAAAUAGAAAACGCAGAUAUGAAGCUGUUGAAGACAAAAUCCGAUCACCACAAGGAUCACAGGGGGGUCAGUCUCGUAAGUGCAGUAGAUGUGGUCUUGGUGGUCAUAAUAGAGCAACUUGCAAGAUGCCAAUAUAG